AUGGCUUCCACGGCCAACGCAAUCUCCCUCUCUCUCCCCACCAUCCACAAUCCCUCCUCUCUCUCAAAACCCAAAUCCCUCCCCGAUUUCUACCUCCGGUUUCAUAACCCCAACCCAAAAUUUACCCGGGUCGGACUUUCUGUAACAAACCCGAGCAAUCGCAUUCGAACUUUAUCAACAAUCCGUGCAAGUGCAGCUUCAGUGAUGGAAGCGAGUUCGAAAGAGAAAGCUUUGCCUACGAUUGUGGAAGUUGACUUGGGUACUCGGAGUUACCCGAUCUAUAUUGGAUCCGGGCUAUUGGAUCAACCCGAGUUGCUUCAAAGACAUGUUCAUGGAAAGAGAGUUCUUGUUGUUACUAAUAGUACUGUUGCUCCUUUGUAUCUUGAUAAAGUCGUUGAUGCUUUAACGAGAGGGAAUCCUAGUGUUUCAGUUGAUAGCGUGAUUCUACCUGAUGGUGAAAAGUACAAGAAUAUGGAAACGCUGAUGAAAGUGUUUGAUAAAGCAAUUGAGUCGAGGUUGGACAGGAGGUGUACAUUUGUUGCGCUUGGAGGUGGUGUGAUCGGUGAUAUGUGUGGAUUUGCAGCGGCAUCUUUUCUUCGUGGUGUUAACUUUAUUCAGAUUCCUACAACUGUUAUGGCACAGGUGGAUUCUUCGGUUGGAGGCAAAACUGGGAUUAACCACCCACUUGGGAAGAACUUGAUUGGUGCAUUUUAUCAACCUCAAUGUGUGUUGAUAGAUACUGAUACGCUCAAUACAUUGCCGGAUAGGGAACUGGCAUCAGGGCUUGCAGAAGUUAUUAAGUAUGGACUUAUUAGAGAUGCUGGGUUUUUCGAGUGGCAGGAGAAGAAUAUGCCGGCUUUGAUGGCAAGGGAUCCAAGUGCCAUGGCUUAUGCCAUCAAGCAUUCAUGUGAAAAUAAGGCUGAGGUUGUAUCCUUGGAUGAGAAGGAAGGUGGACUAAGAGCUACUUUGAACUUGGGUCACACAUUUGGCCAUGCAAUAGAAACAGGAUUUGGUUAUGGUGUGUGGCUCCAUGGAGAAGCUGUUGCAGCUGGCAUGGUCAUGGCUGUUGACAUGUCAUACCGCCUUGGUUGGAUUGAUGAUUUGCUUGUGAAGCGUGUUCACAACAUUUUAGAACAGGCCAAGCUACCCACAUCUCCACCAGAUACCAUGACUGUGGAAAUGUUCAAGUCUGUGAUGGCGGUCGAUAAGAAGGUAGCUGAUGGGCUGCUAAGGCUUAUCCUUUUGAAAGGCCCUCUGGGUAAUUGUGUAUUCACCGGUGAUUAUGAUAGAAAGGCCCUGGACGAUACACUUCGUGCAUUUUGCAAAUCAUGA